UUCUUCUUCGUUUUCUUCUACUUUCAACAUGGCUUCCUUCAGGCGACCUGCGUAGUGCCUGUGCCAAACAGUGCAAUGUUUAUUCCUCGACCUUUAGCGUGAUAUAUUUGUUUUUCCAAAAGGCGAACAAAAGGUUCGAGCGGACAUGUCGGAGAAAGAGGCAGGGACAGGGAAGGAGGGUUCCGGGGAGAAAGGCUUCAGGACCCCGGGGCUGAGGGGAGCUCAGACCACCACACUGUUCCGAGCUGUCAACCCUGAACUCUUCAUCAAACCUAACAAACCAGUGAUGGCGUUUGGGCUGGUGACCAUCACUCUGUGUGUGGGCUACCUGGGCUACAUGCACGCAAUGAAAGAAAACGACCAGCAGCUUUAUGAGGCCAUCGACAGCGAAGGAGAGAAAUACAUGAGGAGGAAGACUUCCAAAUGGGACUGAAUGUGUGUGUGUUUAUGUACCGUGACGAUGGUGAGGAUUAAAACUUGACUGGACUGCAAAAGAAAAGACACCUGUCAUUCUCUCUUUACAUGCAUCCACUAUACUCUGUUAUAAAUGUACCUGCUAAUGAUUUUCCAAUCGGUACAUACAGUUACUGUAAUGAAAUAUUGGGCUUUUCUCUGUCUGUCAUCGUUGUAAACUGACUGUUUCUGGCUUUGGGACAUCAUCUUAGCUUGGGAAAUUUUUUUACCAUUAAUAGUAGAUACUAAAAAUUAACACCAGUUGCAGACUCA